AUAUAGUACCAGCUAUUGGUAGAAUUAACGUUCAAUCGUUAUACGUUAUGAACUCUCCAUUUUGUUGGAAUGCUGUACUUAUUGGUCUGUUUGGAGCAUUAAGAAGUUUUGUCCAGAUGAUUGUUGGCAUAGGCAUUUCCCGUCUUCUGUAUAAAUGUAUGUCAAAGAGAGCUAUGAUUAUUCUUGGAUCCAUAUCUGCAAUUGGCUAUUACAUGGUGACAGCAGUUGCUAUCAACGAUAUAAUGAUAUUUAUCACUCCAGCAGUUGGCCUAUUUGGCACAUAUCCGAUCACCAUAAUACGCGCAAUGAUGUCCCAGUAUACCCCAAAAGAUAAACAAGGUGCAAUGUUUGGAAGUCUAGCAGCAAUCGAUGCUGUAUGUUCUUUAAUUGGAUCUGUGGCCUCAAACGUACUUUAUGGUGCAACGGUUUCAAUAUAUGCAGGACUUAUAUGGGUUGUGUUUGGUGGCUUCCAUUUGGCUGGCUUAUUAUUAUUUGGAUUGUUGUUGUAUAAAGAGGCAGCCGAAAAGAAAAAAAUAGAAGACAGUAAAACUAAAGAUGUAAAACUCGUUUAUGUCGUGAAGCUAUAAUGUGCUGAUAUAAUACUAAAUUUAACAUUUCGGAAGAGAAAUGUAUAUAUAUAUGAAAAUAAAAUCUACGAAUUGUC